CCGCCAGCAAAACGCCGCAAGACAACCACUCAAGUCGACGAGUUGAAGUUCGACCCAGAAGCCCGCAAUGAGUGGCUCACGGGUUUCCGCAAGAGAAAGCAACAGCGCAUCAAGCACGCUCAAGAACAAUCCGCAAAAAUUGAGAAGGAAGAGAAGGUCAAGGCGAGGAAAGAGAUGCGCGACCAGAGAAAAGUAGACCUAGAACGCCAUGUCGCCGAAGUAAACGACCUGCUCAGAAAAGCAAACAAGGACUCAGACGACGAUUCAUCUGGUGCAGAAGACGAAGAGGAAUGGGGUGGCAUUGCUUCACCGCCUAGACCUUCCAUCGAUGGUGUAGACGAAUACGUCGACGAAGACAAAUACACAACAGUCACUAUUGAGGCUAUGGACGACGCAAAGGCUUUCACACAAGAUUCGGAUGACGAAGAGCAGACUACUGUCGUAAAAGAGGAUGCAGAGUCUAAGGAGGGCGAUGUGGUCAAGAAGAAGAUGGUCUGGUCAAAAGGCAAGAAGGUGGAUCCCAAGAGCAAGCCCAAGAAGAAGAAGUUCAGAUAUGAGAGCAAGGGCGAGAGAAAAGAGACGCGCAACAAGCAAAAGGCAAAGAACGCCGCUGCGAAGAAGGCCAGGACGGAAAAGUGA